AAGAUCGAUUACUCUCCACCGAUCUUGGAGAAAUCUGAUGUUCCCUGGAGGCCCACAUAUAAAUUGGGAGACUUGUAUCCAAAGCAUAACAAUGUUAUAUCUGCAAAAUUACUUAAUUACCGUUUGAAUACUUCAAAGAAAAUUUCAAAGUAAAUAGCUAACCUCCCCCUAGUUCCAUGGCUUCACAUCAGUGAGGUCACUCCUAAAUUCACACAGUUGAGACUUCACAUUUUCUCCAAAAAGUAGAAAUAUAUAAAAAAUAAAAAAACAAAGAAAAACUUUACUUGAAAGCGGAGGUAUUUUGCUUACACUUAUCUAUGUUCUUCCUUUGAUUUUUUUUUUUUACAAUUUCUUUAGAAAUGGUCACUAUUGCAUUUUGUUCUUCUUGUAGAAUUGUAAGUAUUGUUUUAAUGCAUUUUCUUGACCAAUUCUGAUGGUUAUUUUAAGGAAUUGCAGAUGGCGUCAAAGUUUCAACAGUUGCAAACAAAGGCAGCUCAAUUUUCACAGCUUGUGACCAAGAAUGGAGGUUCCUACUACAAGGAGUUGAUGGAGCGAAACAAGCAAUACAUCAAGGAACCAUCCAGUAUAGAGACAAGCCAAUUGUUAGCUAAACAAUUGUUUUAUACUCGACUUGCCAGUAUUCCUAGACGACAAGAGGCGUUCUGGAAAGAGCUUGAUUCCCUCAAACAAUUUUUAAUGACCAAGGAAGCAUGGAACAUUGAAAAUGCUAGCAUGGCUGCUCUGAUUGGAGUUGAGUGCUUUGCCUGGUUCUACGGCGGGGAGGUAAUUGGAAGAGGGUUUACAGUUACAGGUUACUAUGUUUAAAAACUUUCAAUUCUAUUACCUGCAAUAAUUUUCUUCUUCUUAAAAUUUGAAGCUGAUGAGAGUCUGUCAGCU